AUAACGCAAGAUGUCCAAUACUCGUACGGAUCGGCACGCGCGACAUUUUAACUUUUCUUACAUUGUUUCGAUAUUCGUUGUGACGCUCUGUUUGAUUUUACAAAAUGAUUUUAAAUCGUGUGAAGCUCGUACUUCAGCUGUGCUAAAAGUUAAACUACCACAUGGUGGCGUUUUGGUGGGUCGUCAUUUGUUGACCCAUUUGGGACGUUCUAUGAGAGCAUUUAUGGGAAUACCUUAUGCCAAACCACCAGUGGGAGAAUUACGUUUUAAGUCUCCUGUGCCCUAUGGACCUUGGAAAGGUGAAAAACAGGUUAUAGAAGAUUCUCCUAAAUGUAGGCAACGCGAUCCUUUUAGACGUGAUAUGGAAAUUGAAGGCAGUGAAGAUUGUUUAUAUAUAAAUGUUUAUACACCAGAGGUCCCCAAUACCAAGGAACCCUUACCUGUUAUGGUAUGGUUCCAUGGCGGUGGUUGGGAAUGUGGUUCUGGCAUUAGCAGUUUCUAUGGACCUGAUUUCUUGCUUAAUCAUGAUAUUGUUUUAGUAUCGGCCAAUUUCCGUUUGGGCCCAUUAGGUUUCUUAAGUACCGAAACUACAGACUGUCCCGGUAACUUUGGUUUAAAAGAUCAAUUGGAAGUUUUAAAAUGGAUACAAGAAAAUAUUGCCGCAUUUGGUGGCAAUCCCAAGAGUGUAACGAUCUUUGGUGAAAGUGCUGGAGGUGCCAGUGUCACAUACCACAUGUUGUCACAAAAAUCUAAAGGUCUUUUCCACAAAGGUAUUGCCCAAUCGGGAACAUAUUUUAAUCCCUGGGCCCAGCCGGCUCACAGAGGUGUACCGGCACAAAGAGCUAAGAAAAUGGCCAAACUUGUGGGCUGUCCCAGUGAUGGUGAUUGGCCUAAGACCCUGGAAUGUUUGAGAGAAAAGCCAGUAGAUGAUAUAGUGGCUACAGUUUAUGACUUAUUUGAAUGGGACUUUGAUCCUAUGAUACCUUUUCCACCAGUGGUGGAACCUGAACACCCAGAAGCUUUUCUAACUGUUUAUCCCAGAAAAGCAGCACAACCUCAUGGUUUUGGAUUGCCUCUUAUGAUUGGGGCCACUUCUGAAGAAGGCUUAUUGAAGACGGCUUCUUUAUUAAAUAUUCCUGGUUUGCUGGAUGAAUUUAAAGAGAAAUUCUAUGAUGUUUUACCCAUUGUGCUCAAUUAUGAUCAUUUAUCUCAAGCUGAACAGACGAAAGUUACCGAAGAUUUGGAAAACUUCUAUUUUAGCAAUGGCCAUAAUUACAACAGAAUUAAUCAUCAAAAUAUUACAGAUUUAAUGUCAGAUGGUUGGUUUAUUGCUGGGGUGGAUGAGUAUAUACGUUUACGUCUUAAAAGUUACAAAGCUGCUCCCAAAAAUGUGGCUCCCACCUAUGUGUACUUAUUUGAGCAUAAAGGAGCGGCCAGUUUUUCGGAACUAUUCAAAGGAGGACGAGAAAUGUUUUAUGGCGCUUGUCAUGCUGAAGAAUUACUAUAUUUAUUCCCUAUAGCUCGUGAACUAUUCGUUAGUGCUUCGCCCACUAAAAAUGAUUUGAAAGUAAGAGAUAUUAUGCUUUCAUUAUGGGUUAAUUUUGCUAGAACUAGUAAUCCCACCCCACCCGACAGUAAUUUACCUAAAUGGUCUGCUACUAAAGAUUAUCCAGUAGUUUUUGCCAAAAUAGGCAACAAAAACGAAGAAGACUCAAAACUUUUCCAAUUCGAUGAGGAACUUUAUCAAGAUAGAGUUGAUUUCUGGCGUAACUUAAAUCCUCACAUUCAGGCUAAAGAUUUUCAAUUGAAAAAUGAACUUUAAAAGCAAAUUGGCAUCCACUUUGUUAAAGUACCUACCAAAUCAUUAUUAAAUUUAUUCUAUAAACAUAAGUACAUAAUCAUAUCAUAUUUUGUAAUAAAAAAACGUUUUUAUUUUUUUAUGUUAAAAAAAUUAAGGUGGUUUACUUACAUUUGU